AUGAAGGAGAAGAAACAAGGUGAGAAGAGGAAAACCAGAAAAGGAAACCUGAGGAACCAUGAAGAGGAAAGAAAACAAGUGAAGGAGAGGAAACAAGGAAAGAAAACAAGUGAAGCAGAAGGGAAAAUGAAGGAGAGGAAACAAGGUGAGAAGAGGAAAACAGAGAGGAGAGAGACAAGCAGGCGAGAGGAAACACAGGGACAAAAUAAGGAAAGAACAAGUGAAGAAAAGGAAACAUGGAGAGCACUCAAGGAGAAGAAAUGA